AUGAAAAUUGUUAGAGAAAGAAUUGAUGUCCGUUUAGUUACAGAUGAAGAUAAAAUAAUUAAAUUAGCUUCAAAACCUAACUACAAAAGAACCAUAAUGUAUAACAAAGAGUUAUCGGCUUUAGAAAUGGAGAAAACAAAUAUUAUACUCGAUAAAUCUAUUUGUUUUGGUUUCGCUAUUCUUGAACUAAGUAAGUAUUCGAUGUUCGACUUUCAUUGCAUUGUUAUGCCGGCGAAAUAUGAUGAUAAUAUUAAUUUGUACUGUUAA